AUGGACAACCUCCAACCUGCAAUGAAACAAGAAAAUACAGGAAAAGGCCGCUCCAGAUCCAGAAGUGCUGCCUUCCCCCAGACACAGACAGCAGCUCUGGAUACAGACACACAGGAUGCCACCGCUGAGCUUCCGGGUUAUUUGGCACCUCUGUCGUCCCAGUUGGCUGAUUCUGUGUCCACAGACCAGAGGAAGAGGAAGAGACAGAGCGACAGCCAGCAAACACCGUCUGCCUCAUCCAGGAGAUCAGCCAAACGCUCUCGCAGAGGUCUGACUUGUGUGUCAGACGAGUAUGUAAAGGGCCCGCUGCUGGGACGAGGUGGAUUCGGCUCGGUGUUUGCUGGGAUCCGCAGGUCUGAUGGACUGCCAGUGGCCAUCAAGUACGUCUCUAAAGACCGAACCCAUGAGACACUGAAAGUUGACGGUAAGGGUCGGCUGCCACUGGAGGUGGCGUUGAUGAUCCGCGUCACUUCAGCUCCUGUCUGCCCCAGUGUCCUUCAGCUGCUGGACUGGUUUGACCGUCCCAGAUGCUACAUCCUGAUCCUGGAGCGUCCAGCUCCCUGCCAAGAUCUCCAGAGCUUCUGUGAGGAGAACGGCUGUCUGGAUGAGCGUCUGGCCAAGAGAGUGCUGGUGCAGCUGAUCGCGGCACUGAAACACUGCGAGAGCCGAGGCGUUCUGCACCGGGACGUCAAGCCGGAGAACCUGCUGGUCUCCACAGAGUCCCAGGACAUCAAGCUGCUGGACUUCGGCUGUGGAGAUCUGCUGAAGCGCUCGGCCUACAGAUACUUUGCAGGCACUGCUGCAUACGCUCCUCCUGAGUGGUUCCACAGGCAUCGCUAUCAUGCAGCUCCAGCUACAGUCUGGUCAGUCGGAGUGACACUCCUCAACAUCCUGUGUGACUGCUUCCCCUUCAGAGGCGCACGGAGGGUCACGUCCAGAAGCAGACUGCUCUUCCCCAGACAGCUGUCCACAGGUCAGAGAUUCGCACACACUCAGGAUGCAGAAGUGUGUAGUUGUGUGUUUCUGAAGACGCUGUUGUGUGCAGAGUGCCGUCAGCUGAUUCGCUGGUGUCUCAGUGCAGCGCCGGCUGAUCGGCCUAGUUUAGAUGAUCUUGAGCGCCAUCCUUGGUUGCACUGCACAGGUGGCCAGACACAUUACACUGAUCUGAGUCCAGUAGUCAUGGCUUGGGUUGUGUUGUGA